AUGGCAGUACAUUGGCAGCAAGACAGACUGUUGGUGGAGCUCAUCUGUUCUGAGUUCCUCGGCUGCUGCCCCCGACGAGCGAAGUUUGUGAAUGACGCUUUGGCCUCUUUGGCGCCCAACGCCGCACUAUGGACUGCCGUCAGCUUUGCGCCCCUCGCGGGCGUACCCUUGGAGGUCUUUCCCGGGGAAUCGAUUGCAGCUGCCAUUGCAUCGUGUCCUAAGUGGGGCAUCGUCACACUCAUGGCAGGCGAGCAUGAGAUUGAAGACAUCGUCGUCAUCGACAAGCCAUUGACCAUCCGGGGCGGUGGCGUGCCCCAAGGAAUUGACCAGCCUCUGGCCCGGGGAGAGCAUAGCGAGCAUGCAAGCAGAAUAAAAAUCGGCAGUGGAGCAUCCCGAUCUGCUCUGUUAUUUGCCGAUGGAUGCCGGGAUGCCAUGCUGUGCGACAUCGACUUCUUUGAAACACGUUUGACAUGCAAGGCAGGCACUCCUACGAUUUCGCGGUGCACCGUGACUUCGUACGAAGUGUGCGUCGAAGCCACCAAUAACUCUCGUAUCACACUUCGGGACUGCUGGAUCCGUGGAGAUGGCUAUGACUCUGGUGUGACUGGUGUCUUGAUUGCGGACUACGCAGUGGUACAUGCAGUGAACUGCUAUAUCGAUGAUUUUCAAGAAGAUGAGCCCAGCGGAAUCUAUGUGCAGGACCAAGGCCACUGUCAUGUUGAACUGUGCAGAUUCGCGGCUAUCGCACGAGAUGCCAUGGUACGCUGCAUACCACCUGCGACCGUCCACCUGCAGAGCUUCACCUAUGUCGAGGAUUAA